GGGGGGGGGGGGGGGGAGAGAGAGAGAGAGAGAAGGAUCGUAAUGAGAUUCAUCGUCAAACGUCAAGUAAUAUGAAAACUGUUGCGGUGGUUCUCUUCUCCUUCACAAACUGGUUGCUGUGCUUUUCUCAGCCCUAUUUGGCUCUUGAUACUUUAAAGCCUGGAGAAAAGCUUACAGGCAAUGAAACCCUUGUUUCAAAUGGAGGCAAAUUCGAACUGGGUUUCUUUUCCCCUCGACAAGAUUCGAGCAAGUACUUGGGAAUAUGGUACCACGGGUUACAACCACGAACAGUGGUAUGGGUUGCAAACAGAGACCACCCUGCUCCAGAUUCCACUGCAUUUUUUCAAAUUGCAGACGAUGGAAAUCUAAUAGUAUCAGACAUCAACGGAAAAAGCUACUGGUCUUCGGGACUAAAAGCAUCUCCGUCCUUAAACCGUACAGUGAAACUCAUGACUUCAGGAAACCUGGUAUUGUUCGAUAACCAGUUGAGUAUAAAUAAUCUCUGGCAGAGCUUUGAACAUCCAACGGAUACAUUUCUACCAUUCAUGAAAAUGAAUAGAAACAUAAAGUUGACAUCCUGGAGAAGGUUUGAUGACCCAGCAUCUGGGAAAUUCACCUUUCAGCUUGCUCAAGCAGGUGACAACAGCUAUCUCAUUUUGAAAGACCGAGUCCAACUUCACUGGCAAACUUCUGACGCAAUGCCCUCGACGAUAUCGAACUUGCUGACCAACUUCACUCUCAGGCAGAGCCCCCAGUUGAAGAAUAACUUCUCGAGGCUGCCUAAGUUGAAUAACAACGUCAUGAAUUCUACGAAACUGGAAGCCGCAUAUAAUCUUACAAGGCUAGUCAUGAAUUACACAGGGAAGAUCGAAUUUCAGAGGUACGAUAUUACGUUUGGAACUGGAUGGUCUGUGGGAUAUGGUGAACCAUCUGGACCGUGUAAGAUACACGACGCUUGCGGGACCUUUAGUAGCUGCAAUGAUCAGAAUCUCCCUCCCUGCAAGUGUUUGCCCGGAUUUCAUCCCAAGUCACUGGCGGAUAAUUCCCUUGGAGAAAGGUUUAACGGGUGUUUCAGGAAAACAGCAUCGUGCGAAAGAAAAGACAUUGCGUUCCUAAACUUAACGAACAUUGAAAUUGGAAGCUCGGACACGCCAGUUGAUGCAGAAAGCGAAGAAGAAUGCCAAUCUAAAUGCCUUGACAAGUGCCCUCAAUGCCAGGCUUAUUCAUAUAAUACUAAAAUGUUGGAUCGGAAUUCUCCGUCUUGUUUGAUCUGGACUCGGAACUUACCCACUCUCAAAGAACAUUCCCCUCAAAGUGGCAUUUCUCUUUCUGUCCGGUUACUGAUUUCAGACAUAGCACCAAAUGCCAGGACCUGUGAACCUUGCGGCACAACAGUAGUUCCAUAUCCACUAAGCACAGGGACAAAUUGUGGAGAUCCUUUGUACUUCGAGCUAAACUGUGACAAUUCAACGGGCGAGGUUAACUUCACGAUGCCUGGACUUGGACCAAAUCGUGUGGCUAAAAUAAAUUCAGAUGAACGGAAGUUGAUUAUCCAAAUUCAAGGUCCAUACAUCUGUGAUGAUAAAGAGAACCAAAGAGUUCAGCUUGAUUCACCGUUUAGUGUAACCAACUGGUGCUUUGGUCAAGAUAAAAUUGAGGUUACUUGGCUUCCACCAUUAGAACCUCUCUGUCAUAACUCCACAGACUGCAACGAUUGGCCACGUUCAACCUGCAAUAGUGAUUCAAAAGAUGGAAAACGAAGGUGCAUUUGUAAUAAAAACUAUUACUGGAACAACUCAACUCUAAAUUGCACCCCCAUGUCACAAGAGUCGUCUGGAAGAAAAAAACCACUCACUCUAAUUCUUGUAGUAACUCUAUUAACUGUGGCUUUCGCGGCAUGCAUGGUUGUUUUUGCCUAUCUAUGGAAAAGGAAAAUGGCCCGUAAGGAAGACAGGGGAAGAGUUCGGAGAAUCCGAGGGAUGUAUGACAGCGAAAGAGAAGUGAAAGAUUUGAUAGACUUGGAAGAACUAGAAAGAGAUAAUGAAGGCAUUGAGGUACCAUAUUAUGAUUUUGAAACUAUACUGACAGCAACGGAUAACUUUUCAGAUGCUAACAGGCUUGGACGGGGAGGUUAUGGCCCUGUUUAUAUGGGUAUAUUACCAGGGGAGCACUACAUUGCAGUAAAGAGGCUUUCAAAUGUUUCGUCACAAGGUUUGAAGGAAUUCAAGAAUGAGGUUGUUUUGAUAUCCAAACUACAGCAUCGAAACCUUGUCAGACUUCGAGGCUAUUGCAUUACUAAAGAUGAUAAAAUCUUAGUUUACGAAUACUUGCCAAACAAGAGCUUGGACACAUUUUUGUUCGAUCCUACAAAGAGUCUGAUUUUAGAUUGGCAUAUGCGGCUUGACAUAAUUCUUGGAGUUGCUCGAGGAAUACUAUAUCUUCACCAAGAUUCUAGAUUGAGAGUAAUUCAUAGAGACUUAAAAACAAGUAACAUUCUUCUUGAUGAGGAGAUGAAACCAAAAAUUUCAGACUUCGGUAUGGCUAAAAUAUUUGGAAACAAAGAAAUUGUGGCCAACACUGAAAGAAUAGUUGGAACUUAUGGUUAUAUGGCUCCAGAGUAUGCAUUAGAUGGAUCAUUUUCUGUCAAAUCAGAUGUUUUUAGUUUUGGUGUGGUGGUGCUUGAAAUUAUCUGCGGAAAAAAGAACACAGGAUACUUUCAAUCCAAGCAAGCUUUCAGCCUCCUGGGUUAUGCAUGGAGGCUAUGGGCGGAGAAUAAGCUGUUGGAUUUAAUGGAUCCAUCUUUGAGUGAAAGCUGCGAUGCAAAUCAAUUCAUUAGGUGUGCGCAAGUUAGUUUGUUGUGUCUACAAGACGAACCAGAAGACAGGCCCACAAUGUCGCAGGUAUUGAUAAUGCUUGAAAGCGACACUGCAAGCCUCCCAAAUCCAAAGCAACCUACCUUCUUUAUGAAAAAAGACAGAGGCCUUUCUGGCUCUGCUUCUUCUUCCAGUAAACUUGAAUCCAUAUUCUUUUUGCAUGCAUUGUUUUUCACCUGUAUGCAUUGCUCUGCUACGGAUGUCAUAAGCACUGACAAUUUCUUAAGUGAUAGGGAGGGGGACUCUCUUAUUUCUGCCGGGGAAAGAUUUGAACUAGGAUUCUUCACCCCUAAUGGAAGCUUUGGUGGUGGAAGAUAUGUGGGAAUAUGGUACCACAAGUCAAAUCCACCCACAGUUGUGUGGGUUGCUAACCGAGAGAAUCCACUUUCUGAAGCUGGGGGUGUUCUGGCCAUAGCUGAGGAUGGCAAUCUCAGAGUUUUGGAUGGAAGUGGGAGACAUUACUGGGGUACAAAUCUUGAAAUGUCAUCUUCAGCGCACAGGACAGCUAAGCUAAUGGAUAGUGGAAAUCUUAUUAUAAGCGAUGAAGAAAAAGGAAGUCACUCGGUGAAGAUUGUAUGGCAGAGUUUUGCAGCUCCAACAGAUACAUUUCUCCCCGGCAUGAAAAUGGAUGAAAAUUUGGUUCUACCUUCAUGGAGAAGUUAUGAUGAUCCGGCGCCCGGGAACUUCUCAUUUCGCCAAGAUCAAGGAGAGAACCAAUAUAUCAUAUGGAAAAGAUCUAUCAGGUAUUGGAAAAGCAGUACGACAGGUACAUUUUUUGGGUCAGGUGAAAUGUCUUCCGUAAUAUCUUACUUAUUGUCGAAUUUCACCCAGAGAAUAUCUCCAAAUAACUCUGUUCCCUUUCUUACUUCAUCUCUGUAUGGCGACACAAGGCUGGUUAUGACUUACUCUGGUCAGCUUCAGUAUUUGAAGAUGGAUUCACAGAAAGUUUGGUCCUUGGUGUGGGCAGAACCACGAGAUAGAUGCAGCGUGUAUAAUGCUUGUGGUAACUUCGGCAGCUGCAAUAGUAAGUAUGAUUUUAUGUGCAAGUGUUUACCUGGGUUCACGCCUAACUCUCCCGAAGGCUGGGAUUCCGGUGACUUCUCAGGUGGGUGCAGAAGGAAAACAAAUGUGUGCAGAGAGAACGCUGAGAGUGACAGGUUUUUGAGUUUAAAAAUGAUGAAAGUAGGGAGCCCGGAUGCUCAAUUUAAUGCCAAGAAUGAAAUGGAAUGCAAGUUAGAAUGCCUUAACAAUUGCCAAUGCUAUGCAUAUUCAUAUCAAGAUCCUAAAAUCACAAGGGGGGCCGCUAGUGGUGACGCAGUGUGCUGGAUUUGGACUGAAGACUUGAACAAUCUUCAAGAGGAGUAUGAGAAUGGAUGUGAUCUCAAUGUACGCGUAGCAUAUUUUGACAUAGCAUCCAAUUGCAGGACCUGUAGGACUUGUGGUACAAACUUCAUUCCAUAUCCACUUAGCACAGGACCACGUUGUGGCGAUCCCAUGUACUUAAGUUUUCACUGUAACUUCACUACAGGAGAACUUACCUUUGAAAGUCCUGGGGGCACUUAUCAAGUGAUAAGCAUAACCCCUGAAACGCAAAAAUUCAUGAUCCACAGCAGAGACAUAAGUGAUUGUGAGGGUCAAAGUUUGAGGGACAAGCUUCUGCGUCUAAACCAGUCAUCUCCAUUUCAUCUAACUGGCAGGUGCAAUGCUGACCCAAGCACCCUUAAUCCAAUUGCUCCUGCGAAACUUGGUGGGGAAAUAGAAAUGAGCUGGGAUCCACCAUUGGAGCCACUUUGUCGUUCUUUUUCAGACUGUAAGGACUGGCCAAAUUCAAUUUGCAAUGCUUCCACAGAUGGGCAAAAGAGAUGUCUUUGCAAAACAAACUUUCUUUGGGAUGGCUUGAGUUUAAAUUGUACCAUUGAAGGCAGCCGUCGCGGUAAAACAGGCAGGCGUUUGUCUGUUCCUUUGAUUAUUGCAGUCAUUUUCACUAUUGUGAUUGUGCUAAUUCUUCUAUCAAGUACCGUCACCUGUGUUUACAUUUGGAGGAGAAGGAUGAUCAAGACAAAAGAAAUCAGGAGAUAUGUCAAGAAAAAUUCAACGAGGAGCCUGUAUGACAGUGAGAGAUAUGUCAAAGAUUUGAUUGAAUCGGGUAGGUUCAAAGAAGAUGACGGACAUGCCAUAGAUAUCCCAAAUUUUCAUUUGGAAAGCAUACUUGAUGCUACCAAUAACUUUUCAAAUGCAAACAAGCUUGGACAGGGAGGAUUUGGUCCUGUCUACAAGGGAAAGUUUCCAGGAGGACAAGAGAUGGCAGUAAAGAGACUUUCGAGUUGCUCUGGGCAAGGUUUAGAAGAGUUCAAAAAUGAAGUUGUAUUGAUUGCCAAGCUUCAACAUCGAAACUUGGUUAGGCUUCUCGGUUAUUGUGUUGAAGGAGAUGAAAAGAUGUUAGUGUAUGAAUAUAUGCCAAAUAGGAGUCUAGAUUUUUUCAUAUUUGAUAGGAAGUCAUGUGUUUUAUUAGAUUGGGGCAAGCGUUUCAAGAUUAUUUUGGGAAUUGCCCGAGGGCUUCUUUACCUUCAUCAAGACUCAAGGCUAAGAAUCAUUCAUAGAGACUUGAAGACAAGCAAUAUUCUACUCGAUAAAGAGAUGAACCCUAAAAUCUCAGAUUUUGGUUUAGCUAGGAUCUUCGGAGGAAAAGAAACAGCAACAAACACGAACAGAGUAGUUGGAACUUAUGGCUAUAUGUCUCCAGAAUAUGCACUAGAUGGAUUUUUUUCAGUCAAGUCUGAUGUGUUUAGCUUUGGCGUGGUUGUACUCGAGAUUCUUAGCGGAAAAAGGAACAUGGGAUUUUACCAGGCAGAUCAUGAAUUGAGUCUUUUAGGCUAUGCGUGGCAUUUGUGGAAAGUAGAGAGAGCACCGGAUUUUAUGGAUCAGACACUAUCUCAGACAUACAAGACAGAUGAAUAUUUGAAGUGUGUAAAUGUUGGACUGUUGUGCGUACAAGAAGAUCCAAGUGACCGUCCCACCAUGUCCAGUGUAGUUUUCAUGCUUGGAAGUGAUUCCAAUACCCUUCCAACUCCCAAGCAGCCAGCCUUUGUUGCUAGAAGAUGCCCUUCUAGCAGAGCCUCUACUACCAGUAAAGUGGAAUCUUGUUCACAUAAUGAAUUGACUGUCACUUUAGAAAACGGUAGGUAGCUUAUCUAUUCUAGUCGUUGUUUCCAGAAUUACUGCAAGGCUCUGUUUGAAGCAUCGAUUGCUUUUAAUUGUUUUCAAGGGAAUCCUGUAUUGAUAGUCUUCCAAAUGUAAUGUUGAUGGUCUUCUAUUCCAUCCUUCUAUGUGGAUAUCUAAUCCAAGGAUGAGAUUUGAUGACUGAAGAAAAUGAACAUAAUUUGAAUUUUACCUCUUGAUAAAAUGUUUGACCGGAGGUCUCAUUGUUGAAAAUUUCAA